AAUCGACUCCACUGACAUGUGUCGCGGGUCCAGCUGCCCCUCAACACCACGAGUCUGCAUAUCAGCACGCUCGGUUGGUUGCGUCAGAAAUAAGCAAAACCACCCCCGCAUCGAAAGUUGACCAACAUCGAUAAACCCUCAGCAAUAUCGCAAUACCGAAGAGUCUCGCAAUGUAUGCGCUCACACUUUCGGCGGAGUUGGAGGGGGUCACGAACCUGAGGCCGCAUGACACCCAGGAGAAGAACUUCUUUUAUACUUUCAAGGUGCAAUGUACAUCUUGUAGAGAAACCCAUCCAAACCCCAUCGCUGUCAACCGUUUCGAGACCAACGAGAUGAGCGGGAGCCGGGGAGAGGCCAACUUUGUAUGGAAGUGCAAAAAUUGCAAGAGGGAGUCCUCGGCCACGAUCAAGGCCGCUCCAAUCCCUUAUGAGCAAACUGAGCCCGCAAAGGCCCGAAAGAUUCUCGAGUUCGACUGCCGGGGUCUUGAGUUCACCGAGUUCAUUCCAGAGGGGGAGUGGCUCGUGGAUGGGAUUGAGUCGAAUACCAAGUUCGAAGGCGUCGAGCUGGUGGAGGGAGAAUGGUUCGAUUACGACGAGAAAGCGGGCGAAGAGGUGAGCAUCAAAGACCUCAAAUGGGACAUUGUCCGGGCAUGAUUCCACAGUUAUAGACAACUAGCACAGGUAUCACCAAAAUAAGCUAUCGACUUUUGAGAACCCCGGCUUCAAGUGGUGAUGUUUUUCAUCGGAGGACAUACACAAAUGUUUCGGUCGAGUUUCAGGGAUGUGAUUUGUCGUACCAAGUUUCAAGACCCACUCGUGGUGAUUUUUCCAUAGG